ACAAAGAGCCUCACAAAUUCCACGCACACACACUUAAAUACCGUUUCCCCCUCUAUAAAUAAAAACCACACAUCAAAACUCAACACAACACACUUCACUACUAAAAAAAAAACAUCAUGGCUUCAAAAAAGAACAACAAAUUCGACCAUGAACAAAUAAGCUACUACAACACACCCCACAAACUUUCAAUAACGACAGCACGCCCGUGUUUUACGGCGGAUGCACCUACACCGCCUCCGCGAACGACGGCUCUAUCCGUACCGUUUAAAUGGGAGGAAGCACCAGGGAAGCCUAGACCGUGCCACACACAAUCAAAACCCAAAGACAGAGAAGUUAACGUUGUUAGAGCGUUAGAACUUCCUCCGAGGUUGUUGUCUUUGGAAAAUGUUAAAGUUAACGCGCCGUCACCAACAACGGUUUUGGAAGGACCUUACGUUGGACGCGCCGUUUCUUUUACGACGUCGUAUAGAGACUCUAAUAAUAUUAAGGAGAGUCUUAAUUUUGGGUCUAGUAGGUGGGGUGGGUUGAAGAAAAAUAAUAGAAUUGACCGUGAGGGUAGUUUUGACUUUUCAAGUUGGAGUGUUGAUGGUAAUAGUAAAGUCAAGAUCACAAGGGUUAGAAGAAAGGGAAGUUUCUCGAGCCUCUCACAUGGAAGUUCACAUUUGUGGGCAAGCAUUUAUGGAAGCUUUAAGCAAGUGGUCCCAUGGAGGCGCAAGCAAGAAAAGCAACAAGGAACCCAAAAUUAAUUCACACCCUUUCAUCUUUAACCAAUCAAUAGUCACUUUUUCAUUCAACUUCCUUUGAGUUCCAACAAAUCAAACCAAAUUUCUAUGACAAUACCACUUCUAUCUGUACAUGAGUAGAAAUUAUAAAAACAUAAAAAAAGUAGGUCAUAAUAAUAACAGUGAUUCACGUUGAAUUAUAAUGGUACUACAUCUUAGUGAAUUUCUUA